AACGACUAAUCGCAUUGCCGCAUCAAUCAAAGAAUUGCAUAUUUAGAUUAACUGUAUUUAAUUUAAUUUACCAGUAAUAAGUAGAAUUGUUUUUAUUUCACUAAAUGCUCUUCAUAAGAGACGGCUGAAUUGUUAGGAUUUCUCAUUAUUCAUACAUACAUACAUAUUAAAAAGUAAUAAGUUUGAAUACGACAUCAAACUAGUUACUUUCUACGCAAACAAAUCGUGAUCAAUGUACAUAAUAAAAAGUGGAAUUGUUUCGUACGCUUAAACAACGGACCAACUAAAAGAUGCUUAUGAAGCGAUUCACUCGAACAUUAUGGAACAACAAUUUACAAAUUGGCAAGAGAUAUCUGGCCUCUGAUCCAAGUAAACCAUUACCGGAUGAAGCGGAUGGAAUUGACACAGCACAGGUACAUGCAUUGGAUCGAGACAUCUGCUUGCUAGUGGAUGAAAAGGAUAAUUUUGUUGGGACAGCAACUAAACGAGAGUGCCAUAAAGUAGGACCCGAAGGUCAAGUGCCUUUGCAUAGAGCCUUUAGUGUAUUCUUUUUUAACCAAAGAGGUGAUAUGCUGUUACAAAGGCGAUCAAGUCAGAAGGUAACAUAUCCAGAUUAUUAUACAAAUGCAUGCUGCAGUCACCCCUUGUACAUAGAUGGUAAAGCUGAAGAUAUUAUAACAGCUGCAAGAAGAAGAAUGAACCAUGAACUUGGAGUACCAUUAGAUAAGAUGGACCCAGAAUUGUUUACCUUCCUAACGCGUGUCCAUUACCAUGACCCUGGUGAUGGUGUAUGGGGAGAACAUGAGAUUGACCAUAUACUAUUCUUUCAAAGUGAUGUCAAAGUUAAACCUAAUUCCGAUGAGAUUUCUGAGUAUUGCUUCAUCCCCAAGAAUGAGUUUAAUGCUUUCAUCCCCACCCUGGAAGGCCCCUUAACACCCUGGUUUAACAUGAUUCGACGCCAUCGUCUUAAACUGUGGUGGGAUAACCUUCAUCGAAUCAAGGAACUUGCUGAACCUGAAAAAAUCCAAAAAUUCAUACAAGAAAAGUGAUAAUAAUCGGUAAUAUGUAAGAUUAUAUUGUUUUUUCCAUUAAGUCAAUUUUUUGUUUAAACUAUUUCAGGCUCCUAAAACUUCUGACCAUUUAUUGAUGAAAUUUUCCUGAUCUCUUUUUUAAAUAAAUUCAAUUUUACCUAUACUUAUUUUUGUGCUUGCAUGCUAUUGUCUCUGACAAACUAGAGCCUAACAAACAAAACAAACUUUGACAUUUUUCUGAAUUAUUAUUACCUAUUGUUUUCGUUGAGCUUCUAUAUUUAUAUUUGAAUUCUAUGUUUAUUUUAGUGUGUACAAUAAAUUGAUCAGUCUGUUAGCCUUACUAUUCACUACUUUCUUUUGAGUUUAAAUAUAUUGUGUAUAUUCAAUAUUUUAAACAUUGCUAAAAGAGGAAGUCAUGACUUCAGAGCAGGACUAACACAUCAAAAUUUUGUCAUAAACUUUCGAUAAUAAAUAAAAUACGGCAUAUCCCUAGUUUGAAGUAAGUCAAUCCCUUAUAGAUUAUUUACGUUAGAUUAAUUUGGCAUUGUCGAUGAUUAUUGUAAAACGGUGCUUUGAAAUAAAAUAAAUAUAAAUAUGCAUUUA